AUGGAUUCCUCAAAGGUCCCAGUCAAGCUUGUGAAGGUCACCCGUGUGUUGGGCCGUACCGGUUCCCGUGGAGGUGUUACUCAAGUCAGAGUUGAGUUCAUGGACGACACUACCAGAAGCAUUAUCCGUAACGUCAAGGGCCCAGUCCGCGAAGACGAUAUCCUUUGCCUGCUCGAGUCCGAACGUGAGGCACGCAGAUUGAGAUAA